AUGACAUCAUUGGAGAAACAACUGAAUAAUCUGCGUACAGCAGUUAGUGGACAACUUGGAGUGGAACGACCACAUGUAUCAUUGCUUUUUGAUAAGAAAGAAGCGAGCUCAUUAUAUGUGGAAAAUGCAUUACAAAUCGGGCGUGUCGGACUAGCAGGACUACGAAAAGUUGAUCCGAAAAUUGCCCUCAAAGAAGAGGACCUAUUUGACGAUGGAGCGGUUAACGUGCAACGUUUACUUCUGACAAAAGAAGAGAAUAUGGUGCUUGACGAGAAACUUGAAAGAAUGAUCAUACAGCUUUCUGCUUACUUGCAUCAUCUAUCAGCUAAGCAGAUCCUGGAGUGGUUGAUAUUUCAAUUUCAUGUGCAAAGUUUCAAUGCCGAAACAUUAUUUAUUGCUUUCUUACCAUAUCACAAUUCGAAUAUCUUUGGGCGAUUGCUGUCAAUACUCGAUUUAAAAGGAUUGGAAUAUGACUGGAUUAAGGGUUAUGCCAGUUCAGAAGCACCUAUUCCAAUGACAAAAUUAGUCGUCAUUUGUACUUCAAGAAAUCACUCAUUGCUCAGUCUUAUACAUAACCAUAUUGAGCGUGUCAGAGAGCUAUUCAAUGCGAAGUUUGUUGAAACUAAAUUGCCACAUUUAUUCACUUUUUAUGCUUCAAUCUGUGUACAUCUUUUGGCAAAAUCCGAUGUAACGGAUGCUUUAGUUUCGAAAAUGUUGCCUUUCCUAGCCAGAGGCUUAACGUCAGAUUUAGUUUCUCUGCGGUUGGCAUGUCUUACUGUAAUAUGCCAGCUUUGCACAAAUGUAAAAUUGGUCUCCAACAAGCUUGAUCCAAUGAUUAAACUUAUCUUACUAAAAAUGGACAAUUAUACGAUGAAGGAAUCAAUUGACACUUUGGUAGUCAUUUAUCAGCGUCAAGAAAUAACUACUUUCCCACUGACAUUGAAGACCGCUUUAAAAAUUGCCAAAAAGGAUGGAUCCCUACAUAUUUCAGAAUACAUAAAUUCCUUAUUUUCUAUUACGGAUAUGCGGAAAUUUAUUGGAGCAUUUGCACAUACUUUUAUUCCAUUGCUUUCAGAAUGUGAUAAGGAAGAAAAAGUGAUAGAAUUGUGCAAUUUCUGCAUCAAUUGCUUGGAUUUAACCGCACUGAACGAUUGCAUGUCCGAAAUAAUCCUGAGUUUGGUAUUGGAAUUACUAUCAGAAGUGAAUAAUGCUGAGAAAAUUUCGGAUACUUUUUACAAGCAUAUACGUGCUUUGGUAUUUAGAUUUCCGAAUGCUUUUGCAACAGUCAGCUCGGAGUGGAAAGUGCGCGAUCAGAGCGUUUAUAAUAUGUUGCUGAAAGCCUGUAAAUUUGAACAGUAUGAGAUAAAAGCAUUCGAAGUGGUUCCAAUAGAAAAAAAGCGACGUCGACGUCGUAGCAGCAAUAAAAGUAGUACAGGUGAAGAAAGUAGUCAAUCUUCAUCUCAUAUUUCCAAACCUGCAUUGAAAAGAAAACGGCCAGAAGAAAUUAAGCAAGAGCAAUUGAAUUCAGUUCGUGAACCGCCCAAAAUCAUAUUCAAAGGUGAUCCAGUAGAUAAAUUGAUUGAUAUAAUUAAAGCCGAAGACUGGCCUCUUGCUGAAGCAGGUCUAGAGAAAUUAACUACUCCUUCUUACUUGAGAAACCGGAUAUCGUCUGACUUUGAAAUUUUUUUCUCAAAAAUGGUCGCUAUUGUACUAGCAGAAGGAGCGCGCCUGAAAACUGCAAUAAAAAGGCUUUAUCACAAGUAA